GCGCCUUAUGGCUCCAACAAAAACGCAUUUUAUAAUAAACGUUGUAAAAUGUUAUAAUAACAACGCAUAAAAAAAAUAGUGGUUAUUAAUCAUCACACAUGAUAGCGUGAAAAAGUUUCACCAUGAACUCUGGUUGCAUAUCGAACUGCAUCAACGAUGCACGUGACCCACGUGUUCCGGUGAGAGGUAGCUACGUGAACCUCUACAAGUGGCCGGAAUCAGAUGCUGCUUUUGUGAGGUCAGUGAGUUCCGGCAGAGAACAUCCGAAGGUGGUGGAUAGUAUCUCUUGCAGACAACUGUAUCUGAGAAGCUACACAUUUUGCAGAGAAGAUGAGAAGAAGAAAAAGGUGAAGGUGAAAGCGAAGAAACGUGUGGUUGUUAAGAAGAAAGAUAAAAAGAGUUCUUGUUCUGUUUUGUUUGGGAUUUUUCGGAGGUUCUUGUCUUGUUGUGCUAGUGUUGAUGUUUGUGGAUGAAAAUUAUGAGUUUUAAUUAAGGUUUGUUUGUUCAUGUUGUUUUGUUUUCCUAUUUAGAAUUAAGAGAAAUGAUUUGUGGGUGUUAUAUAAGUUUAAUAAAUUAAGGUUUUAUUUAAGAUAAGAAUGUGGGAAAUGUGAAUGUAAAGGCUGCAUGGGAUGAUAUUCUUCUAAUUAUUAGGUUUUUUUUUUUUUAAUCAAAAUUAUUAGGUGUUUGAUAUAUGUCAAAUGCAUUUUGAAGAGCUUGUGUAAAAGAUUUCUUGUGUUUGAGGUUGAGAUGGUCUCCAUAGAAGUUGACCAACUCCAUAGGAGUCCAUACCUAUUAGGUUUUCUUUCAUACCUUAGUAGAUCAUCCCAAAAAAUUUGAUUAUGUUCUAACACGUUAUCUCCCUCCUCAUAACUUGUUUUGAUGACUCGAACGGUGAGAGUGUAGCACUGUUAUCUCCCUCCUCAUAACUUGUUUUGAUGACUCGAACGGUGAGAGUGUAGCACUGUGUCUCAUAAAUCAUAUUUUUAAAAAUAAAAAAAACUUGAUCCAACCAUUAACAAAUAUAUAGAAUUGCUACCUUUCUAAAAAUGAUUAGAGAAAAACAAAAAAAAUUCUUAACCCUAACCCUUUAAGUUGCUCGAUUUUCUCUUCUUGAA